AUGAGAAUAAAACCAACUCGAUUACUGUCGUCAUCCAGCGUCAACUCUGUCAACAGCCAGUCGGCAGGUUCAAUGCGAUCCAAGACAGACAAGACAGACACUGCGGGGCCUGGGGGUGAAGCUGCUGCAGGCACAGGCAGCGGUCUGGCCCUGAAGGUGGUGAUUUUGAAGGCUAGAAACUUGGCUGCAAAAGAUCGUGGAGGCACUUCUGACCCGUAUCUCGUCAUCACGUCGGGAGAUAGUCGAAUCGUCACUCAAUCAGUCCCGAAAACCCUCAACCCCGAAUGGAAUGUAGUCGAAGAGCUUCCAGUCAACUCCGUGCAGAAUCUUCUUCUCGAUGUUAUUUGCUGGGACAAGGAUCGGUUCGGCAAAGACUACAUGGGCGAGUUUGACUUAGCCCUCGAAGAGAUUUUCCAAAACGAACGAACCGAAAUAGAACCACGCUGGUUUCCCCUCAAGAGCAAAAGACCAGGAAAGAAGACUGGAGUUGUCUCUGGCGAGGUCCAGUUGCAGUUUACCCUCUUCGAUUCCACCAACCUUGCCGCUUCGUCUAGAGAAAUUCUGGACAAGUUUACAGCUCUCAUUGGCUCUAUUCCUGGAUCAACACCGUCGACAACUCCCCUUUUGACUCCUGGUGCAAUUCAAGGAGCGACAUCUGCACCAGGCCAGGAUGAACCAUGUGAAGAUGAAGACGACGAGGAACUCACCGAAUUCGAUGAUGAGGAGGGUGACGAUCCUUCCAAGCCAGAGACGGCUGAAAAGAGACGCCGCAGACUGAGGAUCAAGGGCCUGAGGAAGCGAAGAAGAGACAAUCCUUAUGCCUUUAAUAACGGCGGCUCGGAUGUCGUAGGCAUCAUCUUCCUCGAGAUUGUCAAAAUCACGGAUUUGCCCCCGGAAUCCAACCUCACACGAACAAGCUUUGAUAUGGAUCCGUUUGUAGUUGCCUCCCUGGGCAAGAAGACCUACCGUACUCGCCGUGUCAGGCACAACUUAAACCCAGUUUACAAUGAGAAAAUGAUAUUCCACGUGCAGGGCCAUGAGCAGGCGUACUCGUUUUCUUUCACCGUCAUCGACCACGACAAAUACUCGGGCAACGAUUUUAUUGCUUCUUGCAACCUACCAGUAAAGCAGCUAAUCGAGAGAGCACCACAAGCCAGCUCAGAAACCGGACUAUAUGGAUUACGAGAACCGGACGAGCAUACUCCCUCAGCAGCUAGGUCUCGCUUCAAGAAGCUGAGCAUGUCUCGAUCAUCGUCCACGCAAAGCCUGGGCAAAUUGAUGCGUCCGCAGCUGUCAAAGAACUCAUCAAGCACGGGCACGGGCACUACGUCGCAGAGCACCAGUGUUGAAACAAGUCAGACGCCAUCCGCCAACACCCUUCUCACACCUUCUGAUGUACAUGCUAACCCAGUCGAACCAUCAGAUGCUGUUGCUGAAGGUGAUGAUGCAGAUUUCCAUGAUUAUGUGGUCCCUUUGAAAAUGAAAAACCUCGACAAGUGGGAGAGCAGACACUGCCCUCAGAUUUAUCUCAAGGCUAAAUACAUGCCCUACCCGGCCCUGCGCCAACAGUUCUGGCGGGCCCUGCUGCGCCAGUAUGAUACCGACGAAAGUGGUGAGAUUAGUCGUGUUGAACUUACCACUAUGCUGGAUACCCUAGGAUCUACUCUCAAGGAGUCUACCAUCGAUAGCUUUUUCCAACGUUUCCCUCACAAGGCUGCCGAUAACGAAGAGACCUGGGACUUGACUAUGGAUGAGGCCGUCAUUUGUCUGGAGGAUCAGCUUGAAGCCAAGAGCAAACCAACGACGGUCACGGACAAGGUCAAGAGCGCGGUUUCUGACUUUAAGCAACUCGGUAUUCAUAACAAGCCAGAUAUCGUGGGAGACAUGGGCUCCGCCAACGCAUCCGGCACUUCAACUCCCCAGAUUGUGCUUGAGCCAGGGACUCCCAUUGAUACCAAGGGCUCGGGCGAAGAAGAGAGCGAUGAGAAUGGCGACAAAGACGAAGAACAUGUUGUGGAAAUCCGCGAAUGCCCCAUUUGCCAUCAACCACGUCUGAACAAGCGCACCGACACAGACAUUAUCACUCAUAUUGCGACGUGUGCCAGUCAGGACUGGAGGCAGGUGAACACGGUGCUCAUGGGUGGGUUCGUGACGGCUAGCCAAGCUCAGCGCAAAUGGUACUCCAAGGUUAUCACCAAGAUUUCAUAUGGAGGCUAUAAGCUGGGUGCCAAUUCGGCCAACAUUCUUGUGCAAGACCGCAUGACUGGUCAGAUCAAUGAGGAAAAGAUGAGUGUCUAUGUGAGGCUAGGCAUCCGGCUGUUGUACAAGGGAUUGAAGUCGCGCGAUAUGGAGAAUAAGCGAAUCCGAAAAAUGCUCAGGAACUUGAGUAUCAAACAAGGGAGAAAGUUUGACGACCCUGCUUCCAAGGAGGAAAUUGAAAAGUUUAUUGAAUUUCACGGCCUGGAUAUGUCAGAAGUUCUUUUACCACUUGAUCAGUUCAAGAACUUCAACGAAUUCUUCUAUCGAGCUUUGAAGCCUGAUGCACGACCCUGCUCCGCACCAAACAAUCCAGGCAUCAUUGUAUCACCAGCCGAUUGUCGAAGUGUCGUCUUUAACCAGAUCACGCAGGCGACCAAGAUUUGGGUCAAGGGGCGAGAGUUCAACAUGAAGAGACUGCUUGGAGAUGCUUAUCCGGAUGACGCUGCUCGCUAUGAGAAUGGCGCACUGGGCAUCUUCCGUCUUGCGCCUCAAGACUACCAUCGAUUCCACAUUCCUGUCGAUGGUGUUUUGGGCAAACCAAUCACGGUCGCCGGUGAAUACUAUACGGUUAACCCCAUGGCCAUUCGAUCAGCCCUCGAUGUCUACGGCGAAAACGUGCGUGUCAUUGUGCCCAUUGACAGUGUGGCCCACGGUAGAGUGAUGGUGAUUUGCGUGGGUGCAAUGAUGGUUGGCAGCACAGUCAUUACAAGAAACGCUGGUGAUCAAGUCAAGAGAGCUGAGGAGCUUGGAUACUUUAAAUUUGGUGGCAGUACAGUGCUGUUGCUGUUUGAGUCUGGUAAAAUGAUGUUUGACGAUGACUUGGCGGACAACUCGAGCACCGCUUUGGAGACUUUGAUCCGAGUCGGCAUGUCUAUCGGCCACUCACCGGAUGUAGCUCAAUACACGCCCGACAUGCGCAGGAGCGAAGACCAAAUCACGGAGGCAGAGAAGAAGGAUGCCAAGCGUCGUAUCCAGGGCAAUUUCGCCAUGGAACAAUCACCAAGCGACAGCGGCGAGGACGAGCUGCCCAAGCGCAGAAUGUCUGCUGUGCCGACAAUGAACACCAUGGCAGCCUCGGCAUUGUAG